CUGCCGUUGGAAGAGAUGCAGCGCCUAUGGCUCCUGUGCGCCGUCCUCACUUCGCUUGCGCAACCGGUCUCCGUGAACCCGAGUCGCAUCGCGGGUCCCACGGCGGCGGCCCUGGAAACAGAUGCUCAGCAAUUCAAACGAGUGCCUCACAACCUCCAAGCUAACAUCGCAGAAAGCCACCAGUGGAAACCAAACCCCUACGUGCGAAGAGGACCGAGACAAGGGGUUCUGUUCAUUCCCAAGCCCUCGACCACUCCAUUGUCGUCUUAUUUUACCACGAAAAUAGCGACCGGAAGGCGCUGCGCGGAUGACUUCGACUGCAUGCGAGUGCUGGGCCAAGUCUGCAAACGCGGCAAGCGGGGCUCCACCGGCAACUGCCAAUGUCCGGAGUCGACGCCGGUCCACCUCACCGACGAGGCUCAACCGCGCUGCGUCGCCGGUGCGCAGAUAUACGCGUCACGAUAGCACCUGGCACUAUCGCUGUAGUCUUUGAUACAUGCAAAUUAAAUGUCGUGUUCAUGUUACCUGUUGUUUCCGCCCCAGUAGUCAUGCAAAGCGUUAGUAUAUUUAGGUAAAAUUUAUGCAUGACUUGCAAUUUGUCUGUUUCGUGCAUUGCCCAGCAAGGUUCACGUUAUGAACAUGUUGUCAUUAAUACAUCCUUUUCCAUAAGCUUGAAACCAGCAUUCCUGCAUUGCAAUUUGCCAA